AUGUCUAGCAACAUAUACAACCAUAACUCGAGCGUGAGGGACAUAGGAAAGCUAUUCCCGGAAGAAAAGCGGCUCGGCACGAAAGCGAGCGACUUGGUAAGCGGAAUAGCACUGACUGCAUGCCUCGACAUUGAUGAAGCGUUCGAUGUACUCGGCACACCACCAGAGCAAAGGGUUGCCAUACUUGCAUCUACUGUGUUUUGUGCGGACACGCCCCAUGGCGUGGUGGUUAAGCAAGCGAUUAGCGGAGCAAUUAGAGAGUACAAAAAGACCGUACCACUGCCAUAG